AUGGCGUUAGGCCUAGCAUUGGAUUUGUUCCUCGAAGGUCAACUUGGUGAAGUUAUUGUGACCAUGCAAGCUCAAAAGGAAGCUCCUUUUGAUAUGCAGUGCAAGGACAAGUUUCUGAUUGAAGGUGUAAUAGCUAGUCCUGAAGUCACGGCCAAAGAAGUUACUCGUGAGAUGUUUAACAAAGAAGCAGGACAUACAGUUGAGGAGACUAAACUGAGAGUUACUUAUCUUUGCUACGACACGAACACCAUCACCUGUUCAUCAGGGAUCAGAAGAAGAUUUUCUUUCACUAGUAACACUCUUAGCGAUGUCUCUUGCAAUGGAAUUGGAGCUGCUUGCCACAAAGCUCGAAAGAGCAACUAG